AUGACAAGUGCACAACCAAAAGCAGUUGAUGUUUCAACUAUACCUGGAUUUAAAAAAUGGUAUAUUGUAUAUCCAAACCAUAUAAAUAGUGAACUUACAAAAGAAAAAGGUAGAAAGGUAUCAAAAGAGCAUGGUGUCAAAAACCCAACAUUACCAGAAAUAGCAGAAGCAACAGCUCAAUUGGGUUUACCUUGUAUUAUUGAAACGUCUAAAGGUUAUCCAAAAGAAUUCUUUUUAAGAGGUAGACUUAGAAUUAACUUUUUCUGUGAUGGUACAACAAUGCCAAGAAAUCCUCAUAUUCCAAAUAAAACUGUAUUAUUAGUUAAAAUAGCAGAAAGAAUUAAAUUAAUAAAUCCAAAUAGACCAGAACCAUUUAAUCCAAUAUCAAUGUUAGCACCAAUUCAAGCAGUUUCACAAAAAGAGAAAAAACCAGCACCACAACCAACUACAACUACAACUACAACAACUACACCAUCAUCAUCAUCUUCUUCUUCUUCUAAAGGUGGAAAGAAAAAGAAGAAUGUGAAUGUAAUUUAA